UUUAAUUGAGAAACCGAAUGAUUUUGAAUCAAACGUACCGAAUUGAAGACAAAAAUUUCUAUGUAUUUUCUAUGUACACCACAACAGAAUAUAAAAAUCAAUCUGAUUGUAUUUCGUUAUUUUCUUCAAAAUUGUAACUUUCACAACUUCCAUUAUUGAUUCCUGACUUUAUGUUGAGCAUAAUAUACCCCUUGGGAUCAAUAAAUAUAAUACAGUCUUUAGUGAACCCCGAAGAGUAAAUUCCAAGUCUAGUUGACGCAUCUGUUUCGCGCAUUUCAUUAAUAUUCUCAUUCAUUAUUAACUUUCCACCUGGAAUACAUAGAAAAUGGCGCUUUCAUUUCGCAAUUACCUAAUUUGCAUAACUAGAUAAGCAAUUAUUAUAACGACGCACAAAUUUUCACAAUUAUCUUCUGAACGAACAAGAAUUGAAGUCAACUCAGUAGACACUCGGACGUCUUACUAUUAUCAUGAAGAUACUAAAAACAAGUUUCAUUCUUUUGAGUCUUGCGGGGGUUUGGAAACCGCGAGGAUGGCGUGGAAUCAAAGCUUUUAUCUACUACUUCUACCAGUUUACCGUGGUGAUAUCCGACCAUAUGUUUAUAAUCUCCAGUAUCCUUGACCUGGAGUUCAAAAACGUCGAUCCAAGCGAGCUAUUUGACAAUUUAUCACUUCUUUUGGCCAUGACAAACGCAAGACAGAAAAUGUCCUGCGUGAUCAUUGGUCGCGGUGCAAUAAAAUAUAUUAUUGACACACUGGAGAAAAGUCCUUUCAAAACUCGCAACAACAAAGAGGAAGUCAUCGCCAUGAAAUUCGACGGUUUAAUCAGGAACAUAUUUGUAUCUUACACGAUGACAACUAUCGGAGGAAUAUGGCUGUAUUCAGCAUCCCGUUCUAGUGUAUUAGAUCCACCACAUACUCUUCCAUACAAAGGAUGGUUUCCGUAUAACUACUCAAACCCGAUAGUCUAUUGGUUAACAGCAGCCUUUCAAUUGUAUGCAAUAAACACCGCUAAUGUGGUAGACUUGGUAAUGGAUCUCCUGAUAUCUGCAAUAUUAUGCAGUAUGUGCGCACAAGUUCACAUUUUGAAAUAUAGAUUUAAAGUCAUGCUCGAAGAGCUAAAAGGCAUUACCAAUGAUACCGAAUGUUCCGACAUUGCAACCACGGAACGGUUGAUGAUUGCUGAUUGGGUCGAGUACCACAUAGACCUCAUUAACUUGAUUAAAUAUAUGAACAACGUAUUUUCGAACGUUAUAUUUCUACAGUAUACCGUGAGUUCUGUUAUUCUCUGUACCUUGGCGUUUUUAAUGUCUCAUACAGACGCGAUGACUAUGACCUUCGCUGGAUACUUUGGAUUCUUAAUAACUAUUUAUUUUCAAGUGUUCCAACAGUGUUACUGCGCUCAUACUCUGACUUCUGAGUCUGCUGAUAUAACUACGGGGAUUUAUGACGCAGAUUGGCCUAGUUUGAGCAACAAUAUUCGAAGAUCGGUGGUCAUUAUAAUGUGCAAAAGUUACAGGCCAAUUUUGAUAACCAGCAGUUUUUUUAUUAUUCUGUCUUUGGAAUCUUUUACUAAGAUUAUCAAACUUGCGUAUACUAUUUAUAAUGUAUUAUCAUAAUAAGUAAAGUGCAAAAUAUUGCACAGUAAAUUAUUUUCUUACCAGCAACAUUAACUGUAUUUUUCUCUUCCUAUGGUGAAGUCACGAUAUACAAUUUUGUAUAUAAGCUGACAAUUAUAAUAAUAAGAAAAAUGAUAAUACAAUAUAACAUAAUUUAUCUGCAUAGCCUCUUAAUGACUGAAGGC